AUGGAUGAUCCGCGCAUUCUGCGCGUCGCCCAGAUAGUGGGCAUCACAGCACCAGCCAUCUACAGCAGCUUCACAUUCGCAUACAGCUACGCUGUCGUGCCGCCCCUGGUGGCCCACGCGCCCGAAAAGUUGCUGGCGAAGCAAUGGCUGCAAGCCUAUCAGUACGCCUCGACCUACGUGCCCCCGCUCAUCCUCUCCGGUACCAUCUGCAACGCGCUUCUCGCAUACUCUUCCCCUACUCUUGGCCUCAAACUGUUAUAUGGCUCGGCCGCGGCGCUUGUCUGGGUCAUCAUACCCGUCACGCUCUUCUAUUUUGAGCCAAACGUCAACGGGUCGGGGAAGUGGAAGGCGCAGAAGCUGUUGCAGGAGGACGGCUAUUACAUGCGAGAGCAGAAGGGACGUUUCCCCUCGCCCGAGGUCCAUACGGCAACGCCCGAGGCAAGACGCUGGGCGGAGGCUGUGGCAAUGAGAGACAUCGUGAAGAAAUGGGCGCGAUUGAAUGCGGGGAGGUUCGUCGUUACAGCAAUUGCCAUGCUUUUGAGCGCGACCGCUACAUGCACCUGGGGAACUGGUCUGCCCUGA